AUGAGCAAGCCCGGUUUUUCCUUUGGGCUCAGCCUGCCGAAGAAGCAGGGCGCCAAGAAACCCGGUCCAGCAGCCAGAAGGACGAUAUUCGGCGACGACGAUAACGAUUCCGAUAAUGACGGCGCAAAGGGCGCGGACAGAGGGGAGAACAUCGGGGGAGAGCUGGACUUUAGCAUCCCAGCCGCGAGGGAAGAUGCCUCGUCGAGCAAAGGACCCAGGUUAAAAAGCAAACUGCCCGCGCAACCACCAAAGCUCAAGGCAAGGUCUCAGCAAAGCCCCGGGUUUGGAGAUCUCUCGAGCGCCCUGACGGCUCGGAAGCAUGCCGAAGCUGCCAUGGAGGUUGAUCCAACCGUCUACGAAUACGACUCGGUGUACGACUCCCUCAAGCCCAAGAAGCACGCAACAAAGGAGGACGAGAGAAAGCCAAAGUACAUGCAAAGCCUGAUGCAAGCAGCUGAGGUGCGCAAGCGAGACGCACUGAUUGCCGAGGAAAAGAAGAUUGCGCGCGAGCGCGAGGCCGAGGGCGACGAGUUUGCGGACAAGGAAAAAUUCGUAACAGAGGCUUACAAGAAGCAACAAGAAGAGAAUAAGCGCUUGGAAGAGGAGGAAAAGCGCAGAGAAGAAGAGGAGGCCAAGAAGAACAAGGAUGGUGGCAUGUCGGCCUUUUAUAGGCGGCUCCUGGACAAGGGUGAGCAAAGACACGCCGAGGCUCUAAAGGCUACACAGGAGAGCGCCAAGGAUGGACCCAAGACUGCAGAGGACGAAGGCGAAGACGACGACAGAGAAAAGGCGGAGGCGGCCUUGGCUCGAGAGCUCAACGAGAAAGGGGCGUCUGUUGCCGUCAACGAGGACGGCCAGGUAGUCGACAAGCGACAACUGCUCAAGGGCGGCCUCAACGUGGGCUCUAAGAAGAGGGAAGACGCUCACAAAGAAGCCAAGCGGCCCGGGGAAAGCGACCAGCGUUACGCCAGCGGCGCGCAGGCAAACAGAAAGCAAGGCAUGCGGGAGAGACAAUCACGCAUGCUAGAGGAGCAACUGGAGCAAUCGAUGAAGCGCUCGAGAGAGGCAGAGGAAGCCGAGCGUCAGGACGUGGAGCGGUCGGCCAAGAGCCGCAAGACGGAGGGGGAGAUUUCCAGCGCGAGGGAAAGAUAUCUCGCCAGGAAGCGCGCGGCCGAGGAAGCGAAAAGCAAGGGUCUGGCAGACUAG